ACUAAAUGCUUUCUUUUGCAGGCCUUCCAGUUCUUGUCUCCCAUCUCUCUCUCUCUCUCUCUCUCUCUCUCUCUCUCAUCUCUCAAUUCUUCAUUCAAUUUCUUGUUUUUCUGUUUCAUUUUCACCUCUAUAUAUCACACCCAUCUCACCCUUUCUUCCCUUUCUUCUUCGUCUUCGCCUGAUUUUUCUUCGCUUUCUAUUACUCCACCCACAGGAGGCUCUGUUACGAGUUUUCAACUUUCCAGCUUCGUCAGGUCCUAUUUGAAUAGGAAAAAAGGAAAAUGAAUCACUGUGGAAUCCAUCAGAACAAUACCUUUGCAUCAUCUUGUGAAGAGAUGAGGGGUUCUUUUUCAGUUUCUGUAACCUUCGAUAACUGUGAGCCUAUGGUUUGUCCAAAACCGAGGCGGCUCAGCCUCUUCAGCACCACCAACAACGAGCCUGUCAGGCCUCUUCGAUGGCAGAUGUGCUAUCAAUCGGAAGGUUACGAAUCGAAUGCCGGACCUGAGCUCUUGGACAUUAUCUUUGCAAAGCAGGGUAGUGGUUAUGCUGCAUCAGAACAAACAUAUACACAGGUAGCCUCGUCGCCCCCUUUUUUCAGUGGGUCACCGCCGAGUAGAGUUUCUAACCCACUUAUACAAGAUGCGAGAUUUGGGGAUGGCAAGACCUCCCCAAUCUCGCCUCGUGCUAUUAUCCCCAAUCCUGCAUCAUCCGGUUUGUCAUCUGCAUCCUCAUCUUCAUCCACAAGGAAAGGUGGAUGCCUUCGUGCCAAUUUUGGUAACAAACCGGCUGUGAGGGUUGAGGGGUUUGAUUGUCUCGAUAGGGACAACAGGCGCAAUUGCAGCAUCCCUGCCCUCGCCUAAAUCAAACCCUUAAUCCAAAACAUACUUUCUUCAUCCAAGUACAUAAACAGAGUUGUAGAAAAAGAGCAGAUAAAAAAUCCAUCAGUCUAUUUAAUCCUAGCAUGCCUUCUAAAGAGGAAUUUUGAAGAGAUAAAGAGCGAGAGAAGGGGAGAGAGUGGGAGUUGGGUACUUUUAGUGUAAAUAGAAGGGUGGUCUUUAAUCUUCGUCCGUAUGUAAGUAAUUAGGGAGGUGGUGACCAAAAUAAUGGGGAGAGUGAGAGAGUUUGUCUUGGUUUUAGAUUUGAAGUUUUAUCCUUCUGGUGAUGAUUUGUAAGUAUAAGAAAUCAUUUCAAUUUUUUUCUUCUUGUUUCUGGGAGUCCUUUCGUAAGCGUUAUGAGAUUGCGACUUUUUGAAGAGAAAUGUGUAUAAAAGUUUUAAGGUCGUAUAUCGAGUUGGGUCUUUUUUCUUGACGUUGUAAAUAAGUAUAUGUAAUAUUUUUACAGGAAUAUAUCUCAUCUUGUUUUUGGUUUCAU